AGUAAGCGCAGCCCCCUAUAAAGGUGUAGUUCUUUUUUCUUUUAUGGCAAGAGUACUACUCAAUACUGAUCAUCCGAUUCCUUUGACUGCCGUUCCAAGGUUUUGACAAAUUGAAGAUUUUUUUUUUCUAGGGUUUUGUUCAGUUCCUCUGUUUGCAUCUGAUUUUGGUCGUUGUUACUAUAUUUCGGUGUGGAUUAGAAAAAAAACUCAAGUAUCCUCUUACACUAAGGUGAGGGUUUUUUUCUUUUUAAGAUAUGGACAAGAUAAGUGGGUUUUCUGAUGAUGUAUUGCUUGUUAAGAUCUUAUCUUUUCUUCCAACAAAAGAUGCGGUAAGCACGAGUAUUUUGUCGAAGCAAUGGAAGUUUCUUUGGAUGCGGGUGCCAAAACUUGAGUACGAUGACAUUAACAUUUAUAUGAAACGACGAUUUAUAGCAGAAUCUUUACGGUCGGAAAAGAGCCAGAGGAUGCGGAGUUUUAUCAACAAGAAUCUGCCAUUACAUAGCUCUCCAUUCAUAGAGAGCUUGUAUCUCAGGUUUUUUACUGCCUCAUUUGAACCUGAAGAUAUCAAACUGUGGGUUGAGAUUGCAGUUUCUCGUUCUGUUCAGGAGUUAACCGUUAAAUUUUAUCUUCCAAAGGGCAUAUCAAAUUGUGCAUUAUUGCCGACUAGCUUGUACACUUGCGAAUCACUUAUGACAUUGAAGCUAAGAGACAGGAUUCUCGUGGAUGUUCCUCAUGGUUUUUGCCUCCCCUCCUUGAAAACUCUGCACCUUGAAAAUGUGACAUACGCAGAUGAAGAAUCUCUUCAACGGCUUUUAUCUAAUUGCCCUGUUUUGGAAGAUCUGGUUGUGGAACGACGACGUGAAGGUGACAAUGUGACAAAGUUCGCUGUUAACAUCCCUUCAUUGCUUAGUUUAUCCAUUGCGAUUUCUGGUCAAUGCUCUUAUGUGAUAGAUGCUCCUUCUUUGAAGUAUUUCGGAGCUAAAUAUUUUAGUGAGAGUCCAUCGACAGGUGUGAUUGGGAAUAUGCCUAAGCUGGAGGAGGCCAAUAUCACCACUGGUCUUGAGUCAGAAACUCUAGAUAUCAAGAAGCUCCUUAAACCUGUCGCAUCUGUCAAACGUCUUUCACUGUACAUACUAAACAGCAGUGCAGAGGCUGUAUAUUGUGAUGAUAGUAUCUUUAAGGAGCUUGAACAUCUGAAUUUACAAUUAUUUAACUCAUACUGGUCGAAGUUAGUGUUCUGGUUACUCAAAGCUUCUCCUAAACUACGAGACUUGAACUGUCAUGAACAAUUUUUCCUUCAUGGCAUGGAUACACUGGCUUGUUGGAAGCAACAGACUAGUAGUGUUCCUCGAUGUUUAUUGUCGAGUCUCCAAACUUUCAAGUGGUCAGGUUAUCAUGUCUCCGUAGAAGGGAGAGAUCUGGCGACAUAUAUCUUGAGAAAUUCUUGUUUAUUAAAGACGGCAAAAGUCUCGAUCGGACCGGGGAUGGAUCCACAAAAGAAGCUUGAGAUGGAGGUGGAGGUGAUAAAUUCUUGCCGUGGUUCACCCACAUGCAACCUCGUAUUCGACUAA